AUGUUAGGCGAUUUUCAUAAGGCUAUCAGUUACCACGAGCGUCGUCUACAAAUUGCAAAAGAACUGGGAGACAAAGCUGAGAAGGAGGGGCUUAUGAAAAGUCUUGGCAAUGCCUAUCAUGGCUUAGGCGAUUUUCAUAAGGCAAUCAGUUACCACGAGCGUCGUCUACAAAUUGCAAAAGAAGUGGGAGACAAAGCUGGAGAAGGAGGGGCUUAUGGAAAUCUUGGCAAUGCCUAUGAUAGCUUAGGCGAUUUUCAUAAGGCUAUCAGGUACCACGAGCGUCAUCUACAAAUUGCAAAAGAAGUGGGAGACAAAGCUGGAGAAGGACGGGCUUAUGGAAAUCUUGGCAAUGCCUAUCAGAUGUUAGGCGAUUUUCAUAAGGCUAUCAGUUACCACGAGCGUGAUCUACAAGUUGCAAAAGAAGUGGGAGACAAAGCUGGAGAAGGAGGGGCUUAUGGAAAUCUUGGCAAUGCCUAUCGUAGCUUAGGCGAUUUUCAUAAGGCUAUCAGUUACCACGAGCGUGAUCUACAAGUUGCAAAAGAAGUGGGAGACAAAGCUGGAGAAGGAGGGGCUACUGGAAAUCUUGGCAAUGCCUAUCAUAGCUUAGGCGAUUUUCAUAAGGCAAUCAGUUACCACGAGCGUCGUCUACAAAUUGCAAAAGAAGUGGGAGACAAAGCUGGAGAAGGAGGGGCUUAUGGAAAUCUUGGCAAUGCCUAUCAUAGCUUAGGCGAUUUUCAUAAGGCUAUCAGUUACCACGAGCGUGAUCUACAAAUUGCAAAAGAAAUGGGAGACAAAGCUGGAGGAGGAGGGGCUUAUGGAAAUCUUGGCAAUGCCUAUGAUAGCUUAGGCGAUUUUCAUAAGGCUAUCAGUUACCACGAGCGUGAUCUACAAAUUGCAAAAGAAGUGGGAGACAAAGCUGGAGAAGGAGGGGCUUAUGGAAAUCUUGGCAAUGCCUAUGAUAGCUUAGGCGAUUUUCAUAAGGCUAUCAGGUACCACGAGCGUCAUCUACAAAUUGCAAAAGAAGUGGGAGACAAAGCUGGAGAAGGACGGGCUUAUGGAAAUCUUGGCAAUGCCUAUCAGAUGUUAGGCGAUUUUCAUAAGGCUAUCAGUUACCACGAGCGUGAUCUACAAGUUGCAAAAGAAGUGGGAGACAAAGCUGGAGAAGGAGGGGCUUAUGGAAAUCUUGGCAAUGCCUAUCGUAGCUUAGGCGAUUUUCAUAAGGCUAUCAGUUACCACGAGCGUGAUCUACAAGUUGCAAAAGAAGUGGGAGACAAAGCUGGAGAAGGAGGGGCUUCUGGAAAUCUUGGCAAUGCCUAUCAUAGCUUAGGCGAUUUUCAUAAGGCUAUCAGUUACCACGAGCGUCAUCUACAAAUUGCAAAAGAAGUGGGAGACAAAGCUGGAGAAGGACGGGCUUAUGGAAAUCUUGGCAGUGCCUAUCAUAGCUUAGGCGAUUUUCAUAAGGCUAUCAGUUACCACGAGCGUCGUCUACAAAUUGCAAAAGAAGUGGGAGACAAAGCUGGAGAAGGACGGGCUAAUGGAAAUCUUGGCAAUGCCUAUCAUAGCUUAGGCGAUUUUAAUAAGGCUAUCAGUUACCACGAGCGUCAUCUACAAACUGCAAAAGAAGUGGGAUACAAAGCUGGAGAAGGACGGGCUUAUGGAAAUCUUGGCAAUGCCUAUCAGAUGUUAGGCGAUUUUCAUAAGGCUAUCAGUUACCACGAGCGUCGUCUACAAAUUGCAAAAGAACUGGGAGACAAAGCUGGAGAAGGAGGGGCUUAUGGAAGUCUUGGCAAUGCCUAUCAUGGCUUAGGCGAUUUUCAUAAGGCAAUCAGUUACCACGAGCGUCGUCUACAAAUUGCAAAAGAAGUGGGAGACAAAGCUGGAGAAGGAGGGGCUUAUGGAAAUCUUGGCAAUGCCUAUCAUGGCUUAGGCGAUUUUCAUAAGGCUAUCAGUUACCACGAGCGUCGUCUACAAAUUGCAAAAGAAGUGGGAGACAAAGCUGGAGAAGGACGGGCUUAUGGAAAUCUUGGCAAUGCCUAUCAUAGCUUAGGCGAUUUUCAUAAGGCUAUCAGUUACCACGAGCGUCAUCUACAAAUUGCAAAAGAAGUGGGAGACAAAGCUGGAGAAGGAGGGGCUUAUGGAAAUCUUGGCAAUGCCUAUCAGAUGUUAGGCGAUUUUCAUAAGGCUAUCAGUUACCACGAGCGUCAUCUACAAAUUGCAAAAGAAGUGGGAGACAAAGCUGGAGAAGGACGGGCUUAUGGAAGUCUUGGCAAUGCCUAUCGUAGCUUAGGCGAUUUUCAUAAGGCUAUCAGUUACCACGAGCGUCAUCUACAAAUUGCAAAAGAAGUGGGAGACAAAGCUGGAGAAGGAGGGGCUUAUGGAAGUCUUGGCAAUGCCUAUCAUAGCUUAGGCGAUUUUCAUAAGGCUAUCAGUUACCACGAGCGUCAUCUACAAAUUGCAAAAGAAGUGGGAGACAAAGCUGGAGAAGGACGGGCUUAUGGAAAUCUUGGCAAUGCCUAUCAUAGCUUAGGCGAUUUUCAUAAGGCUAUCAGUUACCACGAGCGUCAUCUACAAAUUGCAAAAGAAGUGGGGGAUAAAGCUGGAGAGAGACGGGCUUAUGGAAGUCUUGGUAAUGCCUUUCAUAGCUUAGGCAACUUUCGUAAGGCAAUCGAGUACCGUGAGCGUCAUCUACAAAUUGCAAACGAAGUGGGGGACAAGGCUAGAGAAGGAGAGUCAUACGGUAAUCUUAUCUUAUACUCUUAAUCAAUGCAUAUCCGAGCUUUCGCGGUUUUCAUGACUCCAGCCUAAAAUUGUCCUGGCAAAAUCAAAGGAUAAAAGUUUGUUUGAGUGUUACAUCUACAUUAUAAAUUUCAAAGUUGAAAAAUUCUCUUACCGCUCGACCUAGUCUGCCAAAGGAUUCCACCUCCAAUUUCUAGGAUUUUUCAAAGCCGUUUUAAAAUUUUAGAAUCCCAGAGUUUUGCGACAAAAGAGAAUUUUUGCCUCUGUAGUAAACUGAUUUCAGUUCAGCUACACGCUGUUCGUAGCUUUUGCGAUAAUUAAUCGACAAGUUUAUCACGGUCUUGCUUAUUUAAUUAAUUUUGUCCAGAUUUUACUUGGGACAAAUUUGUCGGCGAUGUGUUUCACGAUUUGUCGGCCUUGGCCAAAAUUUGUCAAAAUUUAGUGAUGACGAAAAAAUCGUUUUUAAUAAACAACUUUUUCGUUAGUGCGGAAAGACCCCAUGUUGAACAAUUUUGGUUGAACAGAUAUUGGGAUUUAAGUGGUAGUAAAUGUCCGUUAUAUUGUAUACUGAAACCAAACACCUCAAAAUAAUAAUUUCCCCAGCCAAAGAGGAGGAUGAGGUACCUUAUUACACCGGCAGGAAAGAUUUGGCAGAUAUAGAAGAUGCAACAGUAGACACUGAAGACAAUGAAAAGACUUUGAUCAAAAGGUAUGGGUUUUUCUGCAAUGACUCAGUUUUUUGCCUUUCCCAUGUUUUUUUUCUCAUGGAUGCACAGACCAUUGUAAAAAGCAGGGUUGGAGUUGCUAGGAGGUGUUAACUAAUGGCAACUUUUGACAACGUGCUCUGACUAAAGAACAACCCUCCGGACCUCUUUAUAAAUGACAGUUACUUUCUUUUAAUUUAUUUUCUAUUUAAUCUUUAUUUAAUAAAGUUCAUGCUUAAUAACUGUAAUGCUAUUAAAAAUUUAUUACAUGCGUGCUCAAAUCACUGGUGAUCCUUGCAAUCUGAUUGGUUCUCAUUGACACGAUUUAUUGCUAAAAUGCACCACUUUUUGCUCUAAAGUGCAUCGAUUUCUCAGGUAAUGAGAAAGCUCCUCGAAAAUACAGCAACAAAUCAGAUUUAACCGAUUGUUUUAGGACAUCAAUCAAAUUGCAGAAAAAAAGAAAGACAACUUUUACAACAUUUUACACACCAGCUCAGUACUGGAUAAAUAACAUAUAUGUAUUUGUACCGGCUUUAAAAAAAUCUUUAUUCAUUUAGCAACUGAAUUUUGCAAAUUUAAAAUAAAUGUAAUGAAGUGGUAAUUGAACUUUUGCCAUGCAAUUUUGGUCUGAAAUCAUACUGGUGAUUUCAAGUCUAAUGCUGCUGCACAAUCCUUUGAUUCAGAUGUCACGCGUAUGAUUUCAGAACAAAGUUUACUCCACCCAGUUCAAUUACCAUGUUCUACAGGUAUUCAACAUUUUUUUCAGUGUUUCCAUCAAUAAAGGGGUACUUAAUUAUUAUCAAAAAUGAUAGUGAAUCAUUUAAAUAAGUGUUUUGAUUUAUGAUUAUAACUUGAUGCUAUUUGAGUCAAGGAAAAGCAAAUUAAGGAAAAGAAAAGAAAAAUAAAGAAAAAUAACAUUUAUUAGAUUUAGUUUUGAAAUUGAGUGUCAAUAUCUGAAUGAGUUUUUCAAACUGCCAGUUUGCCACUUGCAUUUUAAAUGCCUUUGUCAUUGCUUACUCCACUUGGGAAAAAUAUCUUAAAAUGCUGGAUAACUAAUUUCCUUUGUAUUUCAGAGGAAAAAUCGGAGGUAAGGAAGACUCAUGGCACCUGAGGGAAGCUGGUGCCUCUAUCAAACUUUGCAGUGGAGCUGUACAACAACCUGUGCCAUUUACAUGUAGAUGCUUAUUGUGGAACCCCAGGACCCUCUCCCCCUCCACUGCCAGUGAUGAGAUAUUGGUUAGCAGUGUUAUUGAAAUAUCUUAUGAUGGCCCACCAGAUCUGGAUUACAAGAAAAGUUUUGAAGGAAUAAGUUUUACUGUAUCUUUGAUGCACAGUGCCCCAUAUUUGGAGGGGUAUGAGGUGGUUAUCAAGCAACUGACUGACCAAGAGAACAAUGAAUGGAAAGAACUAAAGACAGAGAAUACUUGGCAUGAAUCAGGUAACGUUAUGUUUUUAUUAAAUACAGGUGUGAAUAACUUAAUGAAUAAUUAUGAUAUUCCUAGGCUCCCUUUUUCACUGGCAUCAAUGUCAGCAUUUGAGAAAUGUGCAGCUGCCCCUCUCCUAACCCAAAAUUAAACCUAACUUGUAACCCGAACUUAUCAGUUGACUUAAGGGAGAAGGAGUAAGUGUGCACUGACUUAGAUGCGGAUAUCUAUCUCUGCAAAACAUGACCUGCUGCACUCAUGAUGUCAAAGUAGACUUCUUGCUUCUUCAAAUUUCAAAUCCAACUUUAGAACUUUUUUUUUCGUUUACACUUUAGGUGUAUCCAAACAGUACGUGUAAUUAUUGCAUAAAUGUUACAUGAAGUCUCCAAUGCAUUUUAAUCACUAUAAAAUAAAUUUUCCUCCAUAACCAUUUUGUUGCAAACUUUAUUCUUUGAAGCAUAAAUAUCAUAACGACAUCUGUAGGGGGUAACUUUGUUGUUUGAAGACUUCAAAACACAGCUGAAGGAUGCAUUUCCAAUCAUUUAUUUUUAUAUGCAGAAACGUCAACAGUUCCCAAGUGGCUUUUCCCAUUUGCACAAGCUGUUUGUACAAAAUCAGCAGUUUCUUCAUUUGCUGCAGUCUGGCGUCCUAAGUCUUUCACCUUUUCAAGAAGUACUACAGUAGGUCCGGAAUUGACCUGUAUCGUGCCUGACUUUCCUGAUGUCAGUGUUCAAAUUCCUCAGAGUUGUGUUCCUGUUAAUCAAGAUUUCUGUGUGACAAUCCAGGUAUAUGAAACUGUAUAAUUAUAUACAUGGAUGAAUAAAACCUUUUUCAGUUAUGAAAGUAACAUAUUAGAUUGGUGUAAGGGGAUUGUCAAAAGCAAGGAGAUGAAAUAAAGAUGCUAUAAGAUUACAGCCUGUACCUUCAGUUAUUUCCAUAGACGUGGCGGCAAUAUUGAUGGAGAGAUAUCAAUUAACAACUUUGAGCUAGAUACAGGAGAACUGUGCAUGUGUUUACAUGUGUGUAAAGAUACAUACAUGUAGUAAUGUUCUAAUCAGUAGUUUUGGAAACUAUGAAUUAUUCAUGGUACUUACUGUGCCCGAAUGUACUCAUGAAUCCUAGCAAUCCCCUUUUUAAAAACUGGAUUUUGGAAAACUCACUUUAAGAAACAGAACAUUUGUUUUUGUUUCGCUUUAAUAUAAACUUCAAGUUCAGAUCAUUCCUGUCAGUUGAAUUGGUUAUGUGUUUUGUACUGGUUUGCAAUUAAUGCAAUUAGUGGAUGAAGUUGAGCAUGAAAUCAUGCAUUAUCAAAACUAAAGUUUGAGUUAUCUGCCAAAGCUGAAGAUCACGCAGACAUAAGGUUUGAUAGAAGAAGACACCUCCCCAAAUUUUCAAACGUUUAAGAACUCUACACAGACAGAGGGCGUUGGAAACUAAGCAGGGGUUCAACUCAACAUGAUAACUGCAAUAUCUGCUGCAGAUAUUAGGUUAUCAUGUUAACUUUACGCAUUAUUGUUUUUUUUUAUUUUAUAGAAAGUUCAGUGUAGAGUUUUUUUUAAUAAUAGUGCUUAUGUUAAUGCUACAUUGAACUUUAAGAGGACAUUUACAUUAUAUACUAUUAUUAGAUAAUCAAAUUUCAUCUUGAAAUUCACUUUUCACUUCGUAAAGGAUGCAAAUGAACUUUAUGCUGGGAGUAGUUUAACAUGUCCAACAUAACCUGUUUUGCUUUUGAAUCAAGGUACAAGAAUUUCCAAGCAGUGAGCUAAAAGGAGAGGAAGGACUUGUCGGUCCAGUUCUUUACAUUUCAAGCUCUCAAAAUGUUACUCUCAUCGCGCCUGUAACAAUAAGGAUUCCUCUCACCCUCCAUGAAGGAAAACAAGAGUUGGCAGAGUUAUGUCCUGGUGAACUUAGGAUAUUACACUGUGAGUCUCUUGUUGAACCACAUGACUGGAAAGACAUCACAGAUCGACUGGAUGAACCGCCAUGUCUUCUAGAUGGGAAAGUGCAAUUCAAGGUCAGGCAUUUCUCUAGGUAAGUAUUUCUCUUCGGCUUUAUUUGAAAAAUAGUGCGCAAGGAAAUUUAACAGUAUUUUAGUUUACAGUCAUACAUGCAUCUAUUUAUUUUAGUGAAAUAUAAAUUUAACAAUUUAAAUGAUCACUCCAGUAUGUAGAUUCAAGGUUACUGUGCCAUGGCUGAUAAUCAUUUCCGUUGGAGUGCUUGAGCUGUAUUUGGUUUUUUUUUCGAUAGAUUCCGUCCAGUUAAGUUGAGGAGAUCACGUUUACAAUCUGCUUCAGGCUUCAAUGAGUUUGUAAGAAAACUUUGCAGUAGGUCUAGGCCUCAGCAUGCCCGAUUUUUUACGUGCUUGUGUGAGACCCGUGUACGUGGACAUUUUGGACUCAAACUUUUCUGCUAUCCACAAAAACUGCAACAUGAUGUAAACCAGCAAAUAUCAAGGUGUAUCGUGCCCUACAUAGGCGAAGGCAGCUCUUGCGAACCAGUCUGUGAAGAGGAGAAAAUUUUGGUAUCUCUUUCUCAGGCAAUCAUACCCCAAGGCACAGACCAGAAAAAUGCCUUACAAUUUGUGAGGUAUUAUAACUAUCAUAGAAUUUAUUUUUGGCCCAUCAAGUACAAAGGAUUUCACGGAAUACUUCUAGAUACAGUCAUGCUAGUUUUACAUAGAAGUGAUCUAUUCUGUCCACUGCAAAAUUAUACAUUGUUCAAUUUUCAGUAACUAUGUUUCGCUAUGGUUUUUCUAGGUUUCUUAUCAAUCAAUAGGGCCAUGGAGGUAUACAUGUAGGUUUUGUUUUGACGUGAUUGUCUUCAAAUGCUCGUUUUCAAAGAUCCGGGAGGGCUCUCGCCAAAUAUGCAGUCAUUUUCGGUUGUAAGAAAAUAUUUAAAAGCGCGUGCUUUUCUAGAAAAAAGACGAGGCUGGUGUAGUGUAUGUUGGGUUUGUCCCAUUUAGAUUCAUUUAAUUUCAUUUUUAACAGAUUCCGCGAGAACGAAGUUUAUGAUAUAGGUGGCGAGGUUUGCUUAGGAAGUGAGGGUGUUCCAGGAGUGAAGUUUUACAACCAAAGUCAGGAACUUUUGUGCAACGUGACCAUAGUAUUAGCAUCUCAAGUAGGUUAUAUUUUUACAGUUUGUGGAUUUGCCACUUAAAUGCACUUUUAGCCCAGAACUAAUAUAUUACUGAUGCCAACCUUACUAUAGUAUAUGACAGUGAACUAAAAGGAUUAGUAACGCUGUAACCACAGGUAACCCAAGCCCCAAGUGUAAAAUGGUCAUCAUGCGAAAUAAGAGUCAUGGCGAAAAUAUGAGUGUGUAUGGGAAUAAUAACAACCCCUCUUGGGAAGUAAAACCACCGUCAAAUUCUCAAUAAAAAUAUCUCACCUUACUUUCAAAGUGCAUUGCUUGUUGUCUCACCGCUUACUAUGUUGAAAAGAAGCCAUUUUAGCGAGUAAUUCAUUUCUAGGUUUCCUACUCCUGAGAGUGGUUUAUUUUCCAGAGACACUAAGUUGGCAGCAUGAGUUCUUGAUACACUGAUAUAAAUGUUUACACUUCCCGUAAACAUUAUUGUUUGCUAAUGUUUCUUAUACGCUAAAUAUGAAAUUUAACAUGACUGGGAUAAGCUUUGCUGUAUUCAUUUCACCAAAACAAAUCCAGCAAAUACUUAUCAAAAUAAAGCAGCCGGUCCUUUAAUCAAGUUCUUUUUGUAAUACCAGUGGUAAUCUGGAAAGAGAGAGGUAUCUUCUUGAAAAACCGUUUUUUUGGGGUUAAAUAAGCGCUGAGUCGAUAAUAGUCUUGCAAAUUUCGUCAUCAAAAGGUUUCCGAGGAAGAUAAUGAGGUCAUUUUAAGGCGGCAAGAACCUUAUUGAGGACAAAUCACUGGAAACAAAAUACUGAUGAAUGUCGUAUAGGGAAAGAAAUGUCCUGCCCAUAGGAAACAGUACAUGAACAUGUAGGACCUUGCAAGUUUUUGAUUUAAGUCUCUUAAUAUGCCUCUGCUUUCUUCUCUCUUUUUUUUUUUUUUUGAUUUUUCUUAUUAUUUAGCAAUUGUCCUAAUUUCCUCAUUUCUAUUCUCUUCAUGCGCAUCCGUAAUAUUGCGAAUUUUCCCUCCUACACUUAGGUUCCUGUUUCUGUCACCUUUGAUCAUGAAGAAGGAAGCGGUAAGGUGCUGUUUUUGUUGUUGGUUUCGUUGUUGUUCGAAUAAAUACAAUAAUUAUUUAUUAGAUCAAUCACCUUCGUUCGAAAAUAUGCAAACUCAGAAAUGCAGGCCUUGCGGGUUUUGAAAAUUUAGCAUUUAGUGACAAAGCAACGUGUUCUCAACGGAAAGUCAUAAUAACCUGCCUUACUUCAUGUGUUAAUUAAUCGAAACAUGAUUCCAUCAUACUCGAGGGUGAUGGCCUAUUGUCUGUUUCGUAGCAAUAAACUCGAUGCAGGCCUUCACAGUAUGUGUGUCCUUCCUUGUAAGGCAUUUGAUACUGGAAACGAGUGAAGCGCAAACAGCUUGGGAAAGACACAAAAAUGUGUAAUUCUCUAAAAUAUUACUCGAUUGGUUAUAUCGUUAAAAUAAUAGAGUAACUCUAAAGUAAGAAAUCCUUCGCAAACUACUAUUGCUUGACUCGACUGUCUCCUUAUAACAGCCCCCUUUGUCAAAUUUGUCAAUGCUCAUUGUUACUUAGAGGAGAAAUUGACAAAACUUACGAGUAUAAUUCGUGAAGGUUGGGUGUUACCCGGACGAUCACAGUCCAGGAUCACCACACCAUCGUUUUGGAACCAUACGCGCCAUAACACUUGCGUUCGCUUUCAACCCAGCCAUCUCAUUAACCCCAUUAUUGUGUUGGUAUUUCAGCCCCAAGAGUGAAACAUUCAAUUGUAAAGCCUUCAAAUUUGGAGUCAUCAUCAUGCAGCCCAGUUGCAACCCCUAGGAAAAGGAAACGGCAAUCUGCAGGUAGUACCGAGAUUAAAAAGGUUGCGAUGGAUUAUCCUUUUUAUUGUAUAUUCAUCAGGUUUACAUAUUGUUGUUACACGUUUAUCUAUGGUGAAAUUUGUUUAUACCGAAAGACUGGCAUUACACUAUUUACACCUUGUUAUAAUGUGAAUAUUAUAAAAAAAUAAUGAAUUAAAACAGGGCGCUAUAACUAAUCCAACACCCGUGUAUCGCGACCAACUAUCACCUAUUCCAGCAUUAACGGCUGGAGACUAGCUAAGAGACAUUGUUAAUGACCUCCAUUUUGUAUAUAUUUGUGGGGCCAUACACCAUAACACUCGCGUCAUUCAUAAACCCAGCCAUCUCAUUAACUUCAUUAUUAUGCAGGUAUUUCCGCCCAAAGGGUGAAACAUUCAACUGUAAAAUAUUCAAAUGUAGAAUCAUCACCAUGCAGCCUUGUUGCGGCUCCUAGGAAGAGGAAACGGCAAUCUGCAGGUAGUGCCGAGAUUUAAAAGGUUGCGAUGGAUUAUCCUUUUAUUGUGUAUUUAUAAGGUUUACAUAUUGUUGUUACACGUUUAUCUAUGGUGAAAUUUGUUCAUGCAGAAGGGAAAAAGAUACGCCAAUCAGUAGGUAGUACCGAGGUCGAAAAUGUUUUGAUGGAUUUUCCUUUUUAUUGUAUUUUUAUCAAGUUUGCAUGUUGUUGUUACACGUUUAUCUGUAAGAAAUUUUUUUUAUGCAGAAAGACUGUUAUUAUAUUUAUUAGACAUCCUUUAUACCUUUAGCUAUAAUGCGAAGAGAAUAAAAAAAUAAGGAAUUAAAACUAGGUGCUCUCACUAAUCCAACACCCGUGUAUCAUGAACAACUAUCACCUAUUCCAGCAUUAGCGGCUGGAGAUUAGCUAGGAGACAUUGUUAAUGACUUCCAUUUUCUAGAUGAUUGUCAGGCCAUAAGCCGUAACACUUGCGCUAGUUCUCAACCCAGAAAUCUCAUUAACUCCAUUAUUAUGCAGGUAUUUCCGCUCAAAGUGUGGAACAUUCAACUGUAAAGAAUUCAAAUGUAAAAUUAUCGUCAUGCAGCCUUGUUGCAGCUCCUAAGAAGAGGAAACGGGAUUCUGCAGGUAGUAGACAGAUUGAAAAUGUUGCGAUGGAUUAUCCUUUUUAUUGUAGUUUUAUCAAGUUUUCAUACUGCUGUUACACGUUUGUCUACGAUAAGAAUUUGGUUAUGCAGAAAGACUAGCAUUUUAUUUAUUAGACAUCCUUUACACCUCGUUAUAAUGCGAAUAAUUAUUUUAAAAAAUAAGGAAUUUAAACUGGGCGCUAUCUCAAAUCCAACACCCGUGUAUCUUGAAGAACUAUCACCUAGAGAGCUGGAGACUAGCUACUCGGAGACGUUGUUAAUGACCUCCAUCUUCUAUAUGUUUGUCGGGCCAUACGCCAGAACACUUGUGUUACUAAGUUCCCAACCCAGCCAUUUCAUUAACUCCAUUAUUAUGCGGGUAUUUCCGCCCAAAGUGUGAAACAUUCAGUUGUAAAGCAUUCAAAUAUAAAACCAUCGUCACACAGCCUUGUUACGGCUCCAAGGAAGAAGAUAUGCCAAUCUGCAGGUAGUACCGAGAUUGAAAAUCUUGCGAUGGAUUUUCUUUUUUGUAUUUUUUCAAGUUUGCAUAUUGCUGCGCAGGCGGUCCAAGCUCCAGCUGUGAGAUGAUCAUCUUGCGCAAUAACGGUCAUGGCGGAAUUAUAAGAGAUUGUAUGGGAAUAUUUACGACCGCUCUAAGGAAUAAAAAAAAAUUCGUCAAAUUCUCAAAAAAAAAUACCCCACCUUACUUCCACAGCGUAUUGCUUGUUAUCUGUCCGCUUACUUGGAUGAAAAGGACGCAUUUUAGCGAGUUGUCCAUUUCGAGGUUUUCAACGUACAUAACUUGAGAAAAACCCAAGGCUAAACACUCCAUUUCCGAACGCCCGAUCAGAGAAGCGUAAAAUUCCAACUUUACUGUAUAUACUGUACUGUAUAUAAUGUAGUUUCAUUUCAAUUCACUACGAACUCAAUCUUCCCCGUGCAACCGACGCUAAGCCGCAGUUCGCUUCAAAAAUUUCCAGUUUCAGAAAUAAGAGGUCAGAAAUAGAUGAGUCUGUAAAACUUUCUGAGCGUUUUAUUUUAUGGGUUGGGAAAAUGGUUGCCCUGCUGCUGCAAAUGUCUCCUCGCCCAAGCUUGACAAUCUCUGAGGCCGACGAUUCGGUAUUGAAUGAUACCCAAAAGAGAAGUCGCCUUUCGCCACAACUGUUCGCUAUUCGCCAAAGCCUUGAAGCAUCCCUUUUCUAAUUUUUUUUAUCCUCCCUCUGUUGUUAUCCUCAGAUAAAUAUAUUGUUAAAGAUGGUGAACCAUCAGAUUGCGAGUUGGAAUAUCUGUCCAAGGAACUUGGAGUGAACUGGGAGGAAUUAGGAAGACGCCUGAAAUUCAACCAAGCUGCCUUAACUAACUUUGAUGAAGCCAAUACGGGGCUGGCAAAGAAGGCUUUUAAAAUGUUAAUGGCUUGGAAACAAAAAGAAGGCUGCGAAGCCACUUACGCAGUUUUGUACAGUGCCUUGUGUCAUGAACUGGUGGAAUGUAAGCGUCUAGCAGAACAGUUUUGUUGCCGGUAGAGAUCGUAGGCAGUGCCUCUCCGUAGUCUUAUAUUAUAAAGACUGAGUCGUUUCUCUCACAUGUCUUUGUGAGUACUCCAAAGAGCGUCUGCGUCGAACAUUCGCGCUUAGUAGGCCGUUCAUUUUGACUUGUGCUUGAAGAUAAGGGGAAAAUUAGCUUUAGAGAAUAUAUAUUUACUCGUAUUUUCGAAUCAAGAACUGCUGGCUAAAGAGCAUUGAGGUCGGCAUUCACUCGAAUGUCCAGAGCAUGUUAAGCACAUUACCACCCUGAAGCAUCUCAUUUAAUAUCUCACAGCUUUGCACAAAUUUUUUGAUCCUGAGCUUUUGUUUUGUUCUUGAAAAGUUUGAAAGGUCAAUAACAAUCAAAUACACAAUUUUCUCUUCCUCAGACUCAACUCUCAUUAUUCUUCAAGGUGUAUAGAGGCUCCCCUCUAUGGAAAGUUCAACAAUACGUUCACCCCUGCUACGACGAGUUGUUCCCAUCAAAUAAGAUAUAGAUUUGGCCAGGCCUAAAAGCCAAGCCUACAAGCAGGGCUCCAGUCAGUUUAUUUUUCAGCCCUUCACCUUAUUAAAACUCCUAAGCACUGGCUGUCGAAGAGUUAACGGGGUGUGGAACGGAAGGACGAUAUUCUCACAACUUGCAAAGCGAUCAACAUGCAUGCUAGUCAGCGGUAUUUUCAAGCAGCUGAAGACUUUCGUUGAUGUUCCUGAUGGUUUGAACGGAUUGUCUAGGAUAUAGAAUGUUUUCUUCUUCAGAUGUCGUGUAUCACGUCAGUAUCAGUUGAUAUGAUAUUUUAUUGCGCGUGAUUAUUAAUUUCUGUUUAGAUUGUAUGAAACAACGGUAAACGACUUUGAGUUAAGAUCUAGAUUUCACCGGUCGAUUGAUCGAUAGGUAUACGCGAGAUAAAUAGUGAGUGAAACAAUACUCCUGAAUCGUAUUGGAUUCUCUUAUAUCUUCUCGUGAUGUCGUCUUUUAUGACUUUUUUUACUCCACCGAUUUUUCUCGAACGUCUCAAACUCCUCUAAUAAGUAUAGAAAAUUAACAAGAUAAGUCACUUUUCAACUCGUUUUCAUAUUCAGUUUCUCCUCUUUUAACUGCUCUACCUGGAAAUACCUCUGAUGUAACUUCAAAUAUCAGUGUAAAUGUCUCUAAACCAACUGUCCUCUAUCCUGGCAACUCUAGCCACUGAAAUACUUAAUUUUUCUACCAUCUGUUUCUUGCGCUGCGAAAGUUUGAUUUUACCAAAGACAAGCUAGAACUAGAAUGUAUUUGUACAUUACAGAAAUUGAUCCAAAUAUCAAUCAAAUUUUAUAUUUAGUUUUAAAGUUGACUCGAUGUUGUUAUUGACAAAUGAAAGAGGUUCAAAAGUUUUAUGUGGUAGCCUCUAUGAAUUUCAGUCCUGGAAACGGGUUGUGGCAACAUCACGGUUACCAUGAAACACAACAAUGCAUUUCAUUUAUCUAUACCACGUACGAUACCUACGUGGACCCUUACCAUGAAACACAUCAAUACGUUUUAUUGAGAAAUGGAUUGAUGCUACUCUGGUUUACAGAUUUAAUGAACGUAACCGAAGGAGUUACAAUUCAUAGACCCAACGUUUCGACACUCCUGUCUAGUGCCUUCACCAGGGGUGAUCUAAACGCUACAACAAGAGGUCCUUUUAUAUGAUCACUAAUUAGCUGCCUUUUUCCUGACGGGGUGUAAAUAGGUGUCAGGAGGUCAGCCGCCAUCAUCAAGGAGCGUGGGCUAGCGUAAUCUUAGUAAUCUUAUUUACCUAAGCGUACAGGGACGAGCUGCGUUAUAAGUUCGAAGAACUUCAUGGAUUGGAAUAAAUACAUUUAUUUCUUUCUCAAGCAUCUGAACUGUGCCCUUGUUCUUGAGUAUGGUUCGGGCACAGUUUUUCCCAGUAAGGACCUCCCGGCUGGCGGAUAACAUAUAUUUCAUAUUAAACUGAUGGGGUACAAAUAGUCUUAGCAUGAAUGUAGUGACCACGCCCACUUCAACACACCACUCAAAUCGAGUGUAAUUUUCGAAUGUUUUACCAUCGUGUACCUCUGAAAUAUUAAACUACAAUAUUGUGGCUUUCUAUUUCGCUAAUUUUAUAACUUGAGGGUAAAGGUUUUCCCUCAUCAUUUUUACCUUUUCUCCGAGCGGUUGCGUGAAAUUAACAAGGCGUUUUUGAUCAAAACAAGACCGAGCGAAGGGUCUCCGGCGAUAUCUCUUUUACGCAGGCGCAAAUUACAAAUGUACCACCAGAAUAAAAAAAGAGAAACAAAUUUCCUUUGUUUUGAUUUGUAAAGUGUCGAACAAAAAGCAGAUUUAACCUCGUCAAAUGGCGUUUCAAAACAGCUGUAUCCUCCUCCUUUUGAUUUUUUCUUGUUUUGUGAGCGUGAAAGCAGUAGAAGAGGGAUCGGGAAACUCAGAAAGCGCUUCGGGAAUUAAUCUGCCAUCGUUUACUUGCAAGAUAAAAAAGUAAGAUUUGUGAAGUUCGUUGAAGUAUGAAGUCUAAAUAAAUGCCUUUUUUAAGCUUGUUUGCUAGAUUUUUUGUAAACUUCCCUGAUUCAUUUUUGCGUUUCAGCUUACUAAUCUAUACUAUUUCAAAGCAAUGUAAAGACGAAGACGGAGAAACAUGAGUCGGUCCUUUCAACAAUCGUAAACAAAGUGUUUGAGCAAUCAGGUAUACGAGGUGUAAAAAUCAAUAGCCGCAUAUCAGAAGUCUUCAGAAAGAAAGUAUUCUGUCUUCAGAAAGCUGUCAAGAAAGCUAGUGAUCGUGGCGGAAGGCAAUUAAAUGCACUUCUUAGCAAGUUGGAAACGGGCCCUCGGUAUCGAUUUAAUAUCAUAUCGAUCUAAAUAUCAUACAGUUUUGUAUCUUUCUUCCGUGGAUUCGCCUUUCUAACGAGAAUGUAUGUUGAGUAUUCAUUGCAAAAUCGCUUUGUUUUUUUUUUUAUUUCCCUCUUUGGCUUGUUCAUCAUUUUGAAAAUUCGUAACGGAGAGCAUGCGCAUUACGUGGGGUUAGUGGUUGCGUACACCUGGAACCGAGAAAAACAAAUGUUCGUCGCACUGGGGAAAGAGUUUGAUAUGAUUUUUUUUCUCAGAGGGCACGGUAACGAAUCCUGCAAUCUGAUUGGACAAUUGGCCGCCUAAAUUUUACCACAAUGGGCACUUGGGCACAGUGUGUGAUGGUAACUGGACGGUCGGGGGUCUGGUCCAAUCUGGAUGGAUGAAGUCAACUGCUAAGGAGGAGAGGCAACUUUAUCUCAUAGCAGAAGCAAUGAUUGGGGAGUUCAAAACUGUUAUCACGAAGAGGAUGCUAGAGUGGUGUGUAACAUCUGGUUGGGCCGUUCAAACAGUUUUGCUUGACUGACACUUAUGGCUUGAUACAGGAGCAAUCAAACUUGUUGUAGGAUAGUCUCAAUGGGGUUUAACUGUCAGCCGUCAGAAAUAACCGUCAUCCGUUAAAGCUACCCCCAAUUGAGACCCUCCUGUAGUGUCUUCCUUGUUGAGAAUUGUAGUAACGUCGAAGGUAGCGGCACAUUAGCGCAAAGAGAAGAUAUCUCAUAGAAUUGCAGCGCAUCCUUUCUUUGCAUAAUUUCCCUUGUCCUUGUCACCGACGCUCCUCCCCCCCCCUCACUCAUUAUUAUCAAUGAUUUCUUUCGCUCCCCAAAAUUUCCGUUGCCGUAAAAAUAAAAGAUUGCAAAGACACCUGCAUUGGUUUAUCGCCCCAAUUAGGCCAAGGCCAUACACAAAAACUUAGAUGUACAAAAACAUUAAAAUCACCUACAACUGUACUUCAUGUCGCACACAUGGCGAUCGUAAUCAUUCAGAAAAAAUCCAUAUGAAGUCCACUCUAUCUUGACGAAUUAGAAUUAGAACUAAACUUAGAUUACAAGAUUAGAUUAUAAGAACGAUAAAACGUAAUCGGAUAAACACUGAAGUCGCCUUCAGCGCUCGAAUUGUUGUUUACUAAUGUCGGUGUUUUUGUGCCAAUACACAUCAAUACCGCGAUAUUGUGAAGAGUUGUUAAUAAAUUCAACAACCGUCUAAACAAAGUCAGGUUGAAAAGUUUCGUGCCACACAAGCAUUUCACACCAAGUUUACUGCAAACGUGACAAUUAUUCGAUGGACCAUGCCUUCAGAAAAGCUUUCUAUCCACCUCAACCUUGUUUGAGUCUCUUUUUCGGUUUUGUCUGAGGACUUGCGAAAUCCUGCCGUGAUAAGAAUAAAUUUCGGAACUAAUUGACAACUGACAAAACUUAAAGAAAAUGAACCAUUCAUAAGAUUUUUUUUCUUAAGUUUCUUCAAUUUGUUGUUUCCCAGAAUUUUUUAAGCGUGUUUAAGAAAGCUAUGUGGUCUGUUUGUUUGAUUGUCUGCUAGUACGUAUCACAGAGACAAGUGAUUCCGAACUUCCGGUUGUAACACAAUUCAUUUCCGCUUUGUCGCUCCCAACCAACUUAUUACCCAGGAUACAUCAAGCGUUCUUCAAGAUGGUGGACGAAGAAGAGUGAGAAUUUAUGUGAAAUAAUGAGCUCAAAGGGAAAAGGUUACAGGAGAAUCUCAGGCUUGGCGAAGCCUCUUGCGGAUUGCAAAACAGAGGUAAGAUUUUAGUCGACACAUGUGUUCGCUACGCCUAAGUAGUACGUGUAGUUAACACAAGUAAGUGCGUUUUUAUAAAGUCAGGUUCAAGAUUGUUCAAGACUUGGUUAUUCAAAUGCCGGUACACGUUGCUGCAAGGGGUUGUAGCUAGGGAUUGUUCCAGUUUCUGCUUACAUUCCUUUUUCUGCAGAGCAUUGCUCGUAUUAAUCUUUACCGUGAUAAAUAACCCAGUAGGAAAGUUAUUAUAAACCUAGAAUAAAAAAUAUAUACAUGUAUAUAUCGAAGGCACGUGAAGUUUGGUUUGUUUAUUUAUAAUUAAGCUUACAUAGUGCUAAGGAUUUACAUUUGUUUUUCUCAUGGGAAAAAAAGCGAUUACAUGUAGUUGCUGCUUAAAAUGAAUUCUUUAGAACAAAUUUAUCUCCAGGUUUUUUUAAAAUUAUUUUUUGUCUUGUUUUGCGUUGUUUUGUUUCGAUUUACCCUUCAACAUAAUGCAACUUAUGAUUAAAUUAAUUAGGUGUAGAAUGGAUUCUUUGCUUCACCAAUGAAAUGAAACAAAAAAAAGUCUAGCGAAAGUCAUAUUCAUUUUUGAUGACUGCUUAUCAAAUGAUCACAGCAUGAUGAAAUGUGGCUACUGAAGAGUAGCCACAUGUCAGCUGUUAAAGCACUAUGGUUGUGUGAUCUCUUGGAAGAUUUAUUUGCUGCUGCACUUUGGGAUUAUAGAGAGUUACUCAACUGUUCAAUAAGUGUCUUCUUCUGAGUUUCAAAUUUGGCAAAGGGUGCAAUCUCACCCCCUGAUAUAACUUACCUUAAAAAAAGGGAACUUUUAGAAAUAAAUGAAACACACUGUUGCUUCCAAAAAUCACAUUGAUAAAAUUUGUUUUAAAUUUGUAUAUUUUUUCUUUCCAUAGCAUUUUCAUUAAGCUCUUUUGUUUUCAAGUCUGUCACUUGCAUCGAUUUUUUGUAACUUUUUGUCUUAAUUUACCUAUGUUUGUAUCAUUUGUAUAAGCUCUUUGCUGUAAAUUUUUAUUAUUCUGGUUUAUAGUUUAACUUUGCUGCAUCAUUUUUCUUCGUCACUUUAAAUGGUUCUCCACUGUCUUUAACCAGCCAUUUCUUCUAGGAUCUCAUGUAACAUUUGUUAUUGUCUUUUGUUCUCCUUUAUUUUGUUUUCUUGUUUGUCUAUUUCUGAAGCAACUUAUUAUUUGUAAUUUUAUUUUAGCAACCACUUCCUUUGUUCACCUUGCUUUGAUUCUUCACUUUUUUUGUUUUGUUUGGAAGUAUAUUAAAGAGCAUGUUUUUGUUUGGACCGUUAGAUUAAUUUUGGCCAUUAUGAGCACCUCUGGGACUGUGAUUCUCACUAACCACAAAAUUUGCAUUGUUUUCUCUCUUUAAUUUAUCUUUUUUUGAACCAAUGAUGCUGUUGUUUUCUCCAGCUUAUCAAAAUUUACGCAGCAAGUCUCUGGCAUCCUGUAUUCUUCUUUAUAAUUUUCCCCCUGACCUGCAUACCUGCUUCUUGAUUUAUAUAUUAAUGAUAAGAUAUUAUCCAAUAAAUCUGUCCUGAAGAGAUGUUUGGUUGCCUUCAACUAUGAUUCUUUUUUGCUCAUUAUAUGAUGGAUGACAACCCAAUUGGUAGCCUUUGAAAACCCAUGUCUUUUGUUAGAAAAAAGAAUGCUCAUGCCAGAGGUUUGUAUUAUGAGUUAUAUUGCAGCUUCCCUCUUUUUGCACCAAAUGGAGGCUAUUACAGAUUGUUUAUUAUCCUUCAAAUAUUUUUCAACAUGCAAGAAACAUUUUUAUGAACAUACUACUAUUUAUGGUUUGUCAGUGAUCUCUGAAAUGAUUUUAUGAACAAAAGAAGCAUGUUCUCUAUAACAAAGCUUUUCAUCUUGAAUCAAAACUUAAACACAGAGUUUUCCACAUUGGAUGUAAUGUUUCAAAAUUGAGGAAUUAUGAGGUAUAUCCUUGGAUAUAUCCGAUUUUUAGCUAGGGGGAUAUUCUGUCAUGUGAUGGGUUUAGACCAUUUGCCCACCAGCAAAUAUAUUUGUAGGAUUAUAAUGGAAUUAUUGAUCAUGAGUAAUUUUUUAUAGAAGUAAGGUAGCUGAGGUAUUAAAGUGUAAUGUGUGGUCUUGUAAUUAAGAUUUUAAAAUAUGAAAAAAGAAGAAAAAAAACAGAGACAAAGAAACUAACUUUGUUUUGAUUGUUUUUAGGCUCAAUCAAUGUUAUAGAUAGCACUGUGUAUAGUGUUCAAUUCUGUCUAAAACUGUCUCCUCUCAGCCAACUACCUGAAAUCUUCCAAGAGCUGAGAGUUGACUCACUCAACUGAAAACCUUACACAGUUUGUUUUUAGUAUGGCUGAGAACAUGCUGGAGAUUGUUUAAAUGCUCAACCAAAAAUUUGUCUUCAAGUUGUCUUAGAUAUUUUAUUUCAUUUAAAUGUUUUUUUUUUCAGGCCCUUCUUUAUGGAAACUGUGUGUCCCAGAAAGACAGCAGUACCAAACAUGCCUGUGAUAAGGAGUUUUGAGCUCUUAAAGCCUGUAUGAGACAAGCAGUAAGUUUCCUGGUGGACUGAUCAGGCUCUCUUUUCUUUCUGUGUUUAAUCAGCUUGGGUACCAUCAUGAUGUUAGAUUUCAAACCGCAAACUCAAUUAUCAUAACAAGAUAGUGAAAGGGGACACAAAAGUGCCCUGUCAGGGUUGGCAGCUAUCUUCUACCCAGUGACAGACAUCUAGAAUAAUUCUAGCAAUCAAGAGACAAAGCACAAUUUAAUAACAGGAAUUUAUUGCCUUUAAUUCUGAUUAUCACCUUGCAACAACCAAUUACAUUAUCUAAUUUACUAGCAUAAAACCCAUAACAAAUAAAGCAUUCUUUUCCAUGUGAUAAAAGUAGCUCUGGCACAUCUGUUGUACUGAGUGAUUUACUACAAAAGUGAGCCAAGUGAUUAAAUUGUUAGACAAUCAACUCUACUGAUCGUUUCUUAAGUGUAGUUCAGUAAACCCAAGUGAAUAGGGCUAAGUUGUCAAUAAAAAGUGGGGUGUUAAAAAGAGGAAGCCUUGGUUUUAGGGUGCAAUACAUUCUUUGCCAUACUUGUCCAGAGUUUGUUUCAGAUCAAACUUUGUUAAUGUACUGAAACAUAAGUACUUAAUGACCGGCUUCAAGGGACAAAGUGAGUUUUCUUUCCCAAGACUCUCAAAUGUUCCUGAGCUGGGGCCAAAGGGGAAAAUUAGGGUCAAAUAAAAAAUAGUUUUUGAGGUGGGAGGUAUAACAUCAUGAUUUUAAACAAUUGCAAAAUAAUUUUGAUUACUUACAUACUUAAACAUGUACUCUCAAACUCUUAUACUCUCAAAUUAGUCAGCUUUUAUCAGAAUUAAUCAGGUUCAUACUUUAUAAUGCAAUGGUACUUUCCCACAUUGAAAGAGGGAUGGGGUUUAAAAUUUCAUUGUCAAAUUGUUGGUGUCCUUUUUUUGUUAUUUCUCCUCGAUUUUAAUUAUCAGUCAUCAGAAAAAAUUAGGGACUUGAGAUAAAUAAGAGACUACAGCAUGUCACUUAGACAUAAGACUGUUGUGCUUUGUCUACUAAAGUUCAAAUACUACCUUUAAAAUAAUCUAAUGAUAAUCAAUAUAUACUGGAACAAAAAUUUUGUUUCCUUCCUGGUUGGUCUAUUGUGAAUGAAGUGAUAAAAUAACUUAUUAAGUUACUUAUUAUGUUACAGGUUUUCCCUACCACACACUGGCCUGAAAUUAAAGCUUUUAAAGAUAACUAAACAGCACUAAACUUUUUCAUUGUUAAAGAAAAAAAAGAUUAAAAUUUGAUGUGUCCAUAACCCUCUGCAAUCUAAUGAAUAGUCAGAUUGCACAAUAUAAUUAUCUUAUGGCAUUUUCCAAUUGGUUGAAAAUAUUUUAAGAAAUGUGCACCAGAAAUUUACAAAGAGCAGUAUUUGUAUGAGGUUUUGUUUAUAACAUAUCUGCAUACAUAAAACAGCAUAAACAGCUCUUGCAUUUCAUAAUUUAUGGUUACUCAUAAUUUGUUAUAAAAAGUUUUCAAUAAGCACUCCCAUAGCUUGUGCACUUACCAAAGCUUUCUAAACAUCACUCAUGCCUUUUAAUUAAGAAAUGUACUUGAGCUCAUGGGAUUUCCCUUACAAAUACAUGUGAGAUUAAAUUAGAUUCGUAGAAUUGAGCAAUAGAAAAAGAGAAAUGAAAUUCAUCAUAUUUGGAAGAUCGAUGCUCAUGUAAUUGUUCUGCCAUUAUACACAUUUCCAUCUGCAGCCUGUGCUCACAUGUGCCAAUUCCUGCAAGAACACACUGUCAGCUAAGGAAAUCAUAGAAGCACAAUGAUAUUAUAAAAUCCUUCAUACAUACACAUGCAAUUGGUAUUGUCUGUUUUAACCCUUUAAACUCUAACAUCUUGUAUAUGUGUAUAUUCUCCAUUCUUUUCUCUAUGCAUUUCCUAAUGUUCUGACAAGGAGAAUUUGUUCAACAAUCAAGAGCUUUUUUUCGUUAGUAAUUGUGUCCUCUAUUCAGUCUCAUGAUAAUAAUGAUAAUUUUGGGAUAAUAUUGCAAGGAGAAAUUAGUUACUUGUCACUAUUUGGGGCUAAAGGUUCAGAGAAAGUUAAUGUUUAAACAGUAGAAAACCUGGUGUGCCUGGCCUUUUUUUUCCUAUGGGACAAGUUGUAAGUAAAAUAGGGAUUCUUAUCAAUGAAAAAUUUAUUACGUAUUUAAUUUUUUUACCUCUCUUAAGUUUCCCUCUGGUUUGAUGAUGUAUUUUUGUUGCAGGCAAAGAAAAUUUAAGUGUAAAACUUGAAAAGAGAGAACGACCACUCCUGUUGCAGCAAAGUUCAGAGACAGAAGACGCCAUAGGGGACUCACUCACUUUUGCCUGGGAUAAAAAAAAUGUUGUAACGAGAUUUUUGGGCUAGUGGAAACUUAAAAACAAUGUAAUGGACAUCCUUGUGCUCAUUUUGAAUGCUAUGAUUUUACUAGUUUUUUAAUUAGUUUUUUUUUUUUUUUUUUUUUUUCAGGUACUAGGCAGUUGAACCCAUGAAGAACAGAAACAUCAGUCAUCGAAAAGAAUACUGGGCAUAUGAUCGUAAAGAAGUCAAGUUUUAACUUAGUUUGAUGGCUUGUUAUUGAACUUGUGUAUUCUAAUGAUGUCGCUUGUUAAUUGUCAUCUGAAAUCCGCAAGUUUUAAUAUUUCUACCUCAGUGUCCCCAUCCUCUGUCCCUGAGAUGUCAAAGUGGCAGUUGCACUGUGUGAUGCUGAUAAGGAUUUGUUAUAUCCUAUUGUGGCUCUCUUUUCCAAGCUUUUGAAAAGAGUAUCUAUUAAACUAAAAAUGCCAAUGGCUCAUUUCACCUCCGUUGGAUUUUGUAACAGAAAGAUGUACAAUACCCUACUUACAGCCUACCACACCACAGGAAGCCCAAACUUUUACAUUAACACUUUGAUAGUAUAUAAAUACUGCAAAGAUAUAAACAUUGUAAACUGCUGCUUAUAAUCCCCAACCCCCAUUUAUAAGCCUUCUCUCCCCCCCAGGUUGAAUGCCCAUCUACCAUUAAACAACAAUAUAUAAAAUACAAAUAUUAAUAAAAUAUAAAAGAAAAAUUGAAUACUAGGAGGGCAAAGAUGAUCUUUAAGGGAGAAGUCUGAACUUCAGCUUUGUUAUCUUGCAACUUUGUUCGUAUUGUUAGUUUUUUUUAAAUUCUGUUUUAAAUGUAUUGAAACGAGUUUGAAUUAUUUUGACGUUUUGAAGCUUAAUUGAAGAAGAAGAAGAAGACUUUAUUUAUUGAGGAUAGCACGUGAUAGUGCACAAACACUAAUAAACUUGUGGUCCUCCUAAUUACAAUAAAUAUAUAAAUACAAUAGAAUCAUUAAUAGAAUGAAAUAUAAAUAGAAAAUUAGCCAAAACAAGUAAGAAUAUAUAAAACCACUAUCAAUAAAAUUUACGGAUUAAAAUGAGCUAAGCAUGAUUGGUCCUUAUAGUAAUAUUUAAAUACGUUGUCUUUAAAGGCCUUAAGUGUAUUAGACUUUUUUAAUUCAGGCUUUAACUGAUUCCAUAACUUCAUGGCAGAAACCAGAAAAGUUUCCCUCCUUCUCUAGCCCUUUUAAACUUAGGUAAUAAAAAGUUGUAUUUACAAAAUCUAGUGUUGCGUGAAUGUACUGAACUUAAUAAUCUUAAGCUAUCAUUAAGAUAAUUAGGUACACAAUAAUUAAUCCUUUUAAAUAGUAUUGAACAUUUAGCCAUCUUAGUAGAGUCAUAAAAUGGUAUCCACUUUAAACGAUUGAAUAGCAUAACUGAUGAACUACGUGGUUCAGCAUCUAAUAAAACCCUAGCAGCUCUCUUUUGUAGCCUAAGUAUUCUUAAAAGAGAUUCAUUAGAGCAAAGUGACUGCCAUGCAACAUUGGCAUAAUCAAAUAAUGGCUUAAUUAAACUAUUAUAAAAUAAAAGUCUUUGGUUAAAUGGUAAACAAAGUUUGAUCUUAUUCAAAAUUCCAAUUCUUUGUGAAAUUUUUUUUACACAGUCUGUCAACAUAAGUGUUCAUUGAUAAAUCGUGGUCAAUGUCUAUACCAAGAAGUUUAGCUGAGGGUACUUGUUCCAAUGAUACACCAUUCAUAGUUUUAAGAG